AUGUCAUGGGUACGUCAGCACACUGUAACCUUUUCGCACAGGCAGAUGAGAAGUCGUCUACGCGAACGUGCGAGGGUAUACGUGCGACAUGCCUAUCAAGCUCCAUCGUGGGCUUUAAGGGCAACCCGUAGCAUGGAAGAAAUACGUCGUUCGCCACCACCCGAGUGGGUUGCGAUACCAAGACGCACGGAUCAAGAUGCAUCAGCAUCACAUCCAAGACAACCAUCGAGGCCCUCCGUUCGACAAACAUCAAGCGAUGCAAGCAGCCAGGCAUCUACUUCACGUCCUACGACUACAGCGAAACCUCCUCCAACAAAGAAAAAACAGUCGCUUUACGAUAUGUUGCGUGCCGAAAACUUUACAGAUCCCUUAUUAGG